AUCUAUCCAUCGACCAAGGCUAUGCCAUUGCUAUUGCUAGCGGUUCUGCUCUGCUCGCGUGCCUAGCUACAUUUGACUUGCUUCCAUCUCACAUCCACCCAACUCAAGGAGGAUCUACUGUUCCAAACUACCAGACUAGGUAGCAGCAGCAGCAGCAGCAGUAGGAUCAUCCAUGGAUGAGCUGUGGAAGGACAUGUCGCUGUGCUCCACCCCGGUGGCGCUACAGUCGUACCACCUCCACUCGCCGGCCGCUCAUCCCUACCGCGGCGCCGUGUACCUGCAGGACUACCUCGCCGGCGCCAACUCGGUGCCGCAGCCGCCCCGCACGCCGCCUCCUCCACCUCCUCACACGGCGCUCAGCCUCGAGUUCACCAACCUCGGGGGCGCCACCUCGGCCGCCAGCUCCGGCGACGACCCUGUCCACUUCGGCUUCUCUCUCUCCGGAGGCAACAACAGUAGGAGGAGAUCAGCCGUCCUGCAGCCGGCCGCGGUGGGUGGCGACCGGCGGCAGCGUCGGAUGAUCAAGAACCGGGAGUCGGCGGCGCGGUCGCGGGCGCGGAAGCAGGCCUACACCAACGAGCUGGAGCUGGAGCUGGAGCAGCUGCGUCGGGAGAACAAGAUGCUCAUCCAGCGCGAGAAGGACUUCAUCAACGAUCGUCAGGCCAAGGCGGCGCAGUUAGCCGUCCCCGACCGCCGGAGCGGUAGGAGCACUGCUACUAGCCUCCAGCAGAAGCAGCAGCAUGAACAGAGGUGCCGCUCGGCCCCUCCACCGUGAUUGGCGCGGCGGCCGUGGACUGUAGCAGCAGCAGCUCCAUUCCACUUAGUACAAUGGAUGGAUUCUCCAAGCUAGUUAGCUAGUCUACUAGAUGACUUGACUAGCAUUGGAGCUCUCAUUAUUAACUACGUAUGUACUGUACUGUGUAAGAUUUCUUGUAAAAUUAAGCAAGUAUUCUCUCCGUCCGGAAAUACUUGUCAUCAAAAUGGAUAAAAAAGGAUGUAUCUACAACUAAUAUACAUCUAGAUACAUUUCCUUUUAUUGUUUUGAUGACAAGUAUUUUCGGACGGAGGUAGUAGAUAACUACCGUAGCACUUGCUUAGAUAUGAUGAGUCUCUCUCCGUAAUAAUAUUAAGGUAGGAGAUGAAUGAAUCAA